AUGGCGAUUCCCGAAGAUAUUCUCGCUGCAAAUGCGACGGGGAGAAUUCCCGAUGGCAUCUCUCUGUCCUAUCUCGCACAGUCGCGGGACCACUCUGCUAUCGUGGGCAUCUUGUUCAUGGUCUGCUUCGCCGGCUUGCUCAUGCUUAUACGUCUGUAUGCGCGGUUGUUCUUGGUGAAGAAACUUGGUCUAGAUGAUGCAUUGGCCGUCCUCACUAUGAUUGUCUACAUUGUCUUCGUCGUUCUCUCGGUCGUCCUAAUCAACCUGGGUAGUGGUCGCCAUAUCGAAUACAUCCAAUAUGUGCUCUCCCUGGCCACCGUCCGCAAAACAGAAGUUCUCGACUUCGUCGCCCACAUUCUCUAUACCACAGCCCUUUUCCUUUGUCGACUAUCCGGUCUCGCAUUCUACUUCCGCAUCAGUGCGCGCUCAAGCAAGCUACGACUGGGUAUCAUGAUUGUCGCUGGUAUUAUUACCGCCGCCUAUUUGCCCCAGAUUUUCCUUUUGAUCUUCCACUGCAAGCCCGUCACUGGUCUUUGGCCUUAUGCGUGGCAGGAUGAGCCCAUCACCUAUAAGUGUCUUUCAUGGGGAUUGGUCUACUCUGUCAACUCGGGCGUCUCUCUCGCUUGCGAUGUGAUGAUGUUCGUCAUCCCGGGUAUCUUAAUUAAGGAACUACACGUCUCCUUGAAAAAGAAGAUCAAGCUCUCUGUUGUCAUGUUCCCUGGUGUCUUUGUAAUCGUCAUCUCCGCGGUCCGUGUCUGGCUGGUCGUCGUCGGACAGUGGGCAUCCGACGGCAGUUGGGCCUACAACCCCAUGCUCUGUGUCGAAAACGCCGAAAUCUCAAGUACCCUGAUCGCGCUCUCCGUCCCCGCCCUGAAGCCCGUCUUCGGAAACAUUUUCAGCCACUUGACCGAGUACACCUCCAGCCAUACUCGCUCCCGCUCCGCUGGCGGCCGACUACGAAGCCAAUCGAAGCCCGUCAGUGGCCUGGGCUCCUCUACUCGUGACGACAAGAGGCUUUUGAAUUGGUCUAAGCGCGGCCAUGAUGAUUAUGAGAUGAUGCCCUCUGAAAUUUCGGUUACUCGUGAUGUCCACAGUCGAGGCUCUUUGGCUAAGACGCCUGGUAUUCGUGUCACGAAUGAGGUGAACAUUACGAGGGCAGAGGGUGAGAGGUCGCCUUCGCAGGCUUCUUCGAGGGCAUCUGCUUCUUCUUCGCGAGCGACAUAA